ACCCUGCAGAAAUUCUUUCCUUCUACCUUGACGCUAAACGUUCAGAAAUGAAAGGAAAAUUGAUAAGCACAUUGGACGUAUGCGUGUUUCUCAGCUGUAAUCACUGGCAAACCUUACCCUCUCCAUUUAUUGCCAAAACCAACAAAAGGAUCAUUGUGCAAAGUAGUAACACCCUGUAAACAAAACUAACCAACCAACCUUUUAAGUCCAGCUGGCUGCUUGCUUGCUUGCUGGCCACCUUGUCGCUCAUCGCUUAGCGUUCAUUUACACGUCAGGACGAUGGAAGCUUGGACUAAUAGUACUCCAUGAAAGGUUGCAAUGGCUUUCUCAGUCGGAUGGACAGUGCAUGCAUGUAAUCAUGAGGGAAAUGGGGCAGACGUGCUGAGUGGGAGCAACACAAACCCACAUGAACAUGAUCUGUUUCAUGAGGAUGCAAAGGGCUUUCAGCAGUCCAGUCAGCCAUGGUGGAGGAUCAAACUUUUUGUGUGGGAGCCGGUUCUCUUUGGCACCUGGGAUGGUGUCUUUACCACGUGCAUGAUUAACAUUUUUGGGGUUGUCUUGUUUCUGCGCACAGGCUACCUGGUGGGGAACACUGGUGUACUGCUCGGGAUGAUCCUGGUCUCCGUGGUGGUUGUUUUUGCUUUGGUCACCGUAAUGUCCGGGAUUGGGGUGUGUGAGCGCUGCGGAGUGGGAAGUGGAGGUGUGUACUCCAUGAUCUCCAUGGUCUUGGGCGGCAGAGUAGGUGGGACCGUGGGCCUCCUCUAUGUAUUUGGACAGUGUGUGGCUGGCGCCAUGUACAUUACGGGCUUCUCUGAGUCGGUGGCCGAGCUGCUCAGUCUUCAGAGCCAGUGGGCGGUGCGAGGCAUGUCAGCUGCGGUCUUGCUCGGCCUGCUCGGAAUCAACCUGGCAGGUGUCAAGUGGAUUGUGCGACUGCAACUGCUGUUGCUGGUGGUGCUCGCCGUCUCCACUCUGGAUUUUGUCAUUGGCACUUUCACGCACCUCGAUCCUGAGCACGGUUUUAUUGGUUAUUCUGUUGGUGUGCUCAGCCACAACACUCUACCAGAUUACAGCCCGGACGAAAACUUCUUCACUGUAUUUGGGGUUUUCUUCCCUGCUGCGACAGGGGUUAUGUCAGGCUUCAAUAUGAGCUCAGACCUGCAGCGUCCUGAGCACAACAUCCCCGUGGGAACGCUGGCAGCUGUCAUCACCUCGUGGUUCCUGUAUCUGGUCUUUGUCUUCCUCCUCGGGGCCAUCUGCACCAGAGAAGCACUGCGCUAUGACUUCUUGAUCGCAGAAAAGGUCUCCUUGGUGGGUUUCCUGUUUCUGCUGGGCCUCUACAUCUCCUCCUUGGCUUCCUGCAUGGGCGGCCUGUAUGGAGCACCCCGGAUCCUGCAGUGCAUUGCCCAAGAGAAGGUCGUCCCUGCACUGGCCUUUCUGGGAAGAGGGCGAGGCCCAAACAAGACUCCGGUGGCAGCUAUCUUUCUAACCAGCCUCCUGAGCAUGGCCUUCAUUUUCAUCGGCCAGGUCAACAUUCUGGCACCCAUCGUCACCAUCAAUUUCCUGCUCACCUACAGUUUCGUAGACUAUUCCUUCUUCUCCAUGACUAUGAGUUUCCAGCUGCAGAAGGAAGACAUAAGCAACCUGGCCAGACGCUGCCAACAGAGGUCCAGCAGACAGAGCUCCAGGCCUCUGAUAGAAACCGCCACUCCUGACUAUGGCAGCGGAGGAGAAAGUCCACAGAGGAAAGGUACCUUGAUGGAGUUCACUCAGGACAUGGAUCAGAUCUUUGUUUCCAGCGGAGACGCUGGACCUGCGAAGACCUCACGUCUGCGAGGACAGAACAGCAGAGGCAGAGAGGUGACGGCCAAGCAUAAGUUGUUGGACAGCUUUGCCUUGGACCUCAACAGCAAUCUUUUUGGAGAUGAGCAAGCAAAUUCUCAGGGAGCAGCUGAAGUGGAACGAAAUGAUACUACUCAUGUUGAACAAGAUCCAUCUUCUGGGCCUCACAGCACAGCCCCGGAAAGUAAAGCAGAGCAGCAGAAUUUUAAAAUCCAGCCCCAAUCUGAGUUGUUCUAUGCAAAAUUUAGCAACCACUGGGUUGCCCUUACAGGUGCGCUGAGCUCCUUACUGAUCAUGUUUGUUAUUCAGUGGGUGUAUGCACUUGCAAACCUAGUUGUUGCCCUGCUUCUCUUCUUCUACAUCGGCAAAACAAGUCCCGGAUUGCACCGAGGUGUUGCAGCUCGAUUCAGUUUUCUCACGUGGCUCAAAUCAACAUUAAACAGCAUGUGCAGAAGAAGGGCGUCUCCCAGAGAUGAGAUGGUAGUGACACCGCCUCUGUCAGGGGUCGGUCUUAAAACCAAGCAGCUGACAGAGGAAAAUGCUGACUUUGCGUCUCGCCGCCGCUGCCACCAGUCCUCAUUCAUCAGGACGGGGGAGAUGGUGCAACCGCCACAUGAGUGACUGAAACAUCAUC